AUGGCUGAUAUGCAUGAAAAACAUCCCGGCAUCGAAGCAGCCCCAGCGGAGAAUAACGAGCCUCUCCCUGUGGAGCAAAACGGUAUCCGCGUCCACCCGCAACCGACAUGCGACCCUCUUGACCCAUUGAACUGGUCGUGGUUGCAGAAGCACACUAUUCUAGCGAUUGUCAUGCUCAAGUACUUUCCCAACUGUCCCCACUGUCCCGGUACAUACCGUGUUCAGAAAACUAAGCAAAGCCAAGCUGGGUCAAGCCAGACUGACGCGCGAGUAGUAAUUGCGCUGGCUUCUACAAUCGGGGCUGCGGCCACGGAUAGCUAUGGCGGGUAUAUGGCUGCACGCUUCUUUCAGGGGUUUGGGGUCAGCCCGGGUAGCAGUGUGGGCAUGGCUGUUGUGAACGAUCUUUUUUUCGACUAUGAGCGUGGCCAGAAACUGGGUCUAUGGGUGCUGGCCAUUGAUUCUGGAUUGCUUGUUGGGCCAAUUUUCGGUGGCGUCCUCAACCUCGUGUCGGCAGCAUGGAUCAACUGGUUUAACGCCAUUCUCUUCGCCACGCUGUUGGUCCUUGAACUAUUCUUCAUGCCCGAGACACUGUAUCCGCGGGCUCUCAUGCUGACGCGGAUGCCAGUCACGAUUACCACCACAGAUUCUGAUAUUGAACAGCCUCCAGCCUUGGUCUCAUUCGAAAAGCCAGCCCCAUACGAAAACAGCACGGCCGUGACUGAAAGAGAUAUUGAUAUCCCCCGCACAAAAACCCUUCCCUUCCUCAACCUACGUCCCCUCCCAGCCCUUCCUACCGUCCCAUUUUAUACUCCGCUUGUCCGCUUCAUGUACCUCUUCACUCUCCCUACUAUCCCGCUCGCCGUGCUGGGAUACUCCUUCCUCUGGUAUUGGUGGGUUUUAUCUGUGAUCACCAUGCUCCCUGCCGCAUACCCGUCUUAUAGCCCUUCCAUCCAAGGCCUACUUUUCAUAGGCCUGCUCCUCGGCACCGUUGUCUCGGAGGUGCUGUGCUCAGGACGACUCAGCGAUGCCUUAGUGGCAAGGCUGGCGAAGAAAAACGGCGGCGUUAGGGUUGCCGAGAUGAGGAUCUGGGGCGUUUAUCCUGCUAUUCUUAUUACUGCUGGUAUGCCUACCCUGCAAUUAUCUACACUGGUCAAAAAUCAACUGGCUGACUGGGUUCGUGGUGAAGUGGGCCUCAUUCUCUUCGGAGUCAGCAUAGACAAGUCGUACCACUGGAUUCUUGGACAAAUUGCUUUCUUUCUCUUCGCUGCCGGAAUCCAGAUUGGCAAUACCAUAACCUCCAGCUAUAUUGUUGACAGCUACCCGCUCCAAUCAUCGAGCGUGAUUAUUUUCUACGCUGUCUUCUUGAAUCUGAGUGCGUUUGUUAAUCCUGUGCGUACUCUCCUCUUUCCCUCCAGCCUCACGAUUUCAACGACUAACGCUGACAACGUGAAGUUCUUCAUAACACCCUGGCAGGAAUCUGUAGGCUGGACAUGGACGUUCACCACACAAGCGCUAAUAGUAGUUGGACCUGCGGCAUUGCUUUUUGUGGCCUUGCAAAGGUACGGGGCCAAGAUCAGGGGACUCGUGGGGAUGCCGAGCUGGGUGAAUCCUGAAUAUGAUUCGAGUUAG